AUGGGAAAUUGUUUAAAAAGAAACUAUACUUUGUUAUAAUAAAAUUAAUAAUGCCCAAAAUGUGAAAUGGUUUUUUAUGCACAAUCAAUUACUGUUUAGGUAAUUAUUUAAAAUAAAAAUAGUAUUAAUAACACGUUUAGAAUUGUAGAUUUAGACUAUUUUAAAAUGGAGCUCCUUAAUUAAGAAAUAUUUAAGUUGAUGAUGUUGAUAUUUAGCCUAAUCAUCAUGCAAAUCUAAAUCCUAAUCCAAAUCCAAGAACCUAUGUAUUAAGAUUAUUUUUAUUAUUUUAAGCCUUAUUUUAUAUAGGAGGAUUUUCAAAAUAGAAAAUAAAAGUAUUAUUGGUGCAAAGAAUUAUUGCCAGGCUCAAAAAUUAAUUAUAAAUGGAAUCAGAGAGUGAAUAAAAAAUUAUUUUAACUAAGUUAUAUCCUGCAAUGCCAGCUGGAAAUUUUUCUGAAAUGCUGGUUUUGCCCUGGGUUCAAAUUAAGAAUUCGGAAUUUCCAAUCAAAUAAACAUGGUUUCGAUUAUAAUUAGAAAAAAAAGAAUAUCAUGGUAAUAAGAAGCAGAAACUUUAUCUGUAAACAAAGAGAGUUUUUUAAUGA